CACCAAGUUGGCUCAUCAAAGCCACAGAGUGAUGGCUGGCCGGACUGGCUUCGACAUCGACGGCAUCCGCGAGGACAGCAGCGACGAGGAGAACGAAGACGUGUGGGACGCGCACCAGAUCGUCUCUGGGCUGUUCAUUGGCGGCAUCGGCUGCCUCGGAGACCGCUCGGCCCUCGCCGAACACAACAUCCAAUUUGUCCUCUCGCUGCACGAGGAGCAAGCCGAGCCACCCGUCGCUGGCGCCGGCGCAGCAAAGGAGCGGCCGAUCGAGUGGCUCAAGCGGAGCAUUACCGACAGGGCGGACAGCGAUUUGCUUUCGUUCAUCGACAAGCUGUGUGACGCGAUCGAGUUGGCGCGCUCACACAAAAAUGCUCCCCCACCCCCUCGCCAAACCCGCUGCCCCCCCCUACCCGAGGCGCUAGCGGGCGGCGGCGGCGUCCUCGUCGCGUGCCUCGCCGGCGCCUCCCCCUCCGCCGCCGUCGUCGCAGCCUACCUCGUCAAGCACCGCCGCAUGUCCCUCCGCGCCGCGACGGAGCGGCUGAGCGCCGCCCGCGCAGAGGCGGUGCCCAAUCGCGGCUUCUGGCGGCAGCUGGUCGCCUUCGAGCUGGUGCAGCGUGGGUGCGCCUCCUUCACCGAGGAGGAGCUGCCCGGCUCGGUCAUGUUCGAGCAGGAGCUGCUCGACAAGUGCAUCGGCGAGUACCUGCAAAAGGCGAAGCGCCGCCGCCCCGCCGCCGGCGAGGAGGAGGAGGAGGAGGAGGAGGGGCUGGUGCGGCCCCUCUUCGAGGACGACGAGGAGGAGGGUGUGGGUGUGGCUGCCUCCCCCUUAAAGCGGACGAGGCUUGACGACCCCCCCAUCCUAUUGGAGGACGCCGGCCGCCCCGCCUCCAUUGAGGGGUGAGG